CCCCCAAGAAGCGCCUCAUGUUCCCCCGAUCUCGUGUUAACUUGCGAUUUGAGCUAAGCUUCGGUUGUUCAGGUUUCUCAUCAUAUUUCGCAAAUUAACUUGCUAUUAACCCACUACAAUGAGUCGAAUCUUUUUGGGAAGGCUUCCCAGAGAUGUAAGAGAAAGUGAUGUCGAGAAAUUUCUGCGUGGAUAUGGCAAAAUUCGCGACAUUAGCUUGAAGAGAGGCUACGGCUUUGUGGAAUUCGACGACCACAGAGAUGCAGAAGACGCUGUUCAUGAUCUUAACGGCCGAGACCUGAUAGGAGAACGGGUUGUUGUGGAGUUUUCUAAAGGAAGACGAUCCGAAGGUGGUGGCCGUGAUCGCCGUGACUUUAGCGGGCGUGGUGGAAGGGAUGGAGGGCGAAGACCCAUGUGGCUGGACAACAGUCACUCUUCUUCAUCCAACAGAUAUGGCCCUCCCGUCAGGACCAACUACAGUGUCAUUGUCGAGAAUUUGUCCAGCCGAACCAGCUGGCAGGACUUGAAAGAUUAUUUCCGCAAAUAUGGCAAGGUGACAUAUGCUGAUGCACACAAGAAAAGAAUUGGAGAAGGGGUUGUAGAGUUCGAGUCAAAAGAUGAUCUCAACACCGCCAUAGAGAAGUUAGAUGAUACAGAGUUGGGUGGAAGAAGAAUCAGGGUGUAUGAGGAUAAAGACAGAGACUCUCCACCAAGGAGUUCCAGGAGAAGAUCUCGAUCACACUCACGCUCUCGCUCAAGGUCACCAAAGCGCAGAUCAAGGUCCAACUCCAGAUCAAGAAGUAGAUCCAGAUCCGCAUCUCCAAAGCAGCGCAAAGGAAGCCGCUCAAAGUCCCGCUCCUACUCACACAGCCCCCGUGCACAAUCUCGCUCACGCUCCCCAACACCAACUGAACGUGUCCAGGAAAUGAAAGUGAAUGACGAAAGUGACUAGAAGGAUUCUGUCCAUUGUUACUGCUACCUUGUGGGUCACUCACACAGUCCUGUAGAUAGCACCCCUUCUAUACAACAUGCAGAUACUAGUGUUAAUACUUAGUGGAGAGUUAAGUUUGUUUUUUAAAUGCAUUUCACUACUUGAUACUUCUGUUGAAGUAAUGGUAAAUGUUAUUUUUACCAUUUUCUACAGUACUAAGGGUUGUAAUAGGGCUCAUGACUAACUUUGUCUUAUAGGGUCUCUAAAGCAUUUUGAGAUGUUGUUCUUUUCAUGUACCGAUCCAAAUUUAAAUGAGUGAAGUCUAUUGUUUAAUCUUCAUUUGCAUGAAAAGAAUGUCGCCUAAACUAGACCUAAAUCACCUCUGAUUAGUUCACCCAUAAUUUAAUUUGUUUUAUUAAAUUUAUCAUAGCAGAGGUAGAGACUGUAUCCUUGGAUGCCAUAGUAUAUACAUGACAAUAGAUAAUGCAAGGAGCUGAUAUGAUAAAGUGUUAAGGCAGUACUAUGUUUUAGAAUAAACUUACUCAUCUCAA